GACAGACACCACUGGCAACAACUACUCCACCCGCUCCCCCACCUCCACCUCUACAGCUCCGACAAGGACAAGGGGUCGUCUCGGCACGCACCACCCAUCCCCCAUCCCCCCCUCCUCCUCUCGCUCUCUCCCCGUCCCGUUGCUUUGGCUCUUCGGAUACCUCAUCCCCUUACCGUCAUACUUGCUCAAAGUGUUCGGUCCCGCGCAACCGACCGAACAAUUUGAGUUGGAAGCACGCAUCCAUACUCGCCGAGAGACCACGACGACCCGACAAUGCCUCACAGUCACCACUCCCAUUCGGGCCAGUUUUGCCGACACGCAAAGGAUACGCUGGCCCAAGUAGUCGACCAGGCCGUGCGAAAAGGUUUCCGGGUCUUUGGGCUGAGCGAACACACGCCAAGAUACCGCGAGUGUGACUUGUUCCCAGAAGAGGCCGACCUGUCACCACAUGACCUGUUGACGACAUACGAAGACUUUUUGCGCGAGGCCGUACGCAUCCGUGCCGAGCGGUCAGCAGACAUUGAUCUUCUCAUCGGCAUUGAGAGCGACUACAUUUCCGAGCUCGACAGCGAUGGGCUCGAGCGGCUUCUAGACGCACACCCAGAAAUCGACUAUGUGGUGGGCAGCGUCCACCAUGUCGACGGCGUCUCGAUCGACUUUGACCGCCGCACCUGGUUGCGCUCGGUCAGGGAUGUUGGCACCGGAAGCCAGACGAUGGCUCGUCAAUCCGACGGGAGUUUGGCACUACUGGUUCCCCUCGAUGACGAUGAUGCUCGCUUGCAGCUCGACUAUACCCCUACGGCGGACGAGCUGGAACCGUUCCUGAUCGCCUACUUGGACGCCCAGUACAAGCUGCUGCAGCGCCACCAGCCUGAAGUGGUAGGGCACUUUGACCUGUGUCUGUUGUGGUGCCCGUCCGCAUCACUGGAAUCAGUGUGGGACCGUGUGAAACGCAAUGUCGAGUACGCAAUAUCGUACGGAGCACUAUUCGAAGCGAACGCGGCGGCCAUUCGCAAGGGGUGGUCCACCUCUUACCCAACCCCUAACGUCCUUCGGCUCAUCCUCGACAACGGCGGGCGUAUAUGCCUCUCGGAUGAUUCCCACGGCGUAUCGUAUGUCGGGUUAAACUACGGCCCGAUGCGAGACUACCUUGUUGCUCAACAAGUUGAGACAAUCUGGUACCUUGUCCCUGCUACUGCGGCCUCAUGUGCUACAGAUCAGCCAGUGGGGAAGAGGGGACGGGUCGUCGCGCGUCCUCUGCAGGGUUGGGCCUCUGAUCCUUUCUGGGCACCCUUCACGACGACAAGUCCUCCGCCAUAGGUGGUGUCACCUCGGGUGUAAACUGUAAUAAUUCUAAAUAGACUUUUUGAAAUGGGGAAUGGAAUAUCACGUG